AUGAGGCGGCUGCACCACCGUAACGAGGCCGAGCCCCAGGACGACCCCUCCGACGGCUUCCUGGAGUUCUGCGGCGGCAACCUGACGGCGCCGAAGGGCGUCAUCCACUCGCCCAACUUCCCCGGACCCUUCCCCGUGCCGCUGCACUGCCGCUGGGUCAUCGACGCCUCCGCCUACGUCAAGCCCGUCGUCGUCGUGUACCUCACGCAGGUCUACGUGCUCAACGGCCUCAACUUCUACGCCUACGCGCUGUAUGGCCGCACGCGCAUGGGGGAGACCAAGGUGCACUCGGUGGCGCCCAGCAACGUGACGACGACGCACUGGCUGAGCUCCAAGUACCCCUACCUGGUGGUGGACCUGUCCCUGGACCGCCUGGAGGGCAACCACCUGCGCGUGCUGAGCCACCUGCAGGACGCGUUCGGCUUCAACGUGACGUACGAGGUGCGCGAGGGCGACGAGACGCCGCCCUGCUCGCCGUCGUCGACGUCGUCGCCCUCGUCGCCGACCUGCUGCAACCCCAUGCAGUGCUCGUUCGUCGGGGACUGUCUGGCCGACGCCAACUUCACGAGGUUUUACUGCGCCUGCCCCGAGGGCCACGACGGCCCCGACUGCGGGCUGGGCCCCAAGUGCAGGGACGAGCCGGGCAUCUGCAGGAACGGCGGCACUUGCAAGAGCCUCGGCGCCGAGUCCAUCCGGUGCGACUGUGUGGACAACUACUCGGGGCCGUUCUGCGAAGUGGCGCCCGUGGACGAGGAGGACCGGGAAUGCCACUCCGACGGGGGCACGGUGUGCAACUGCACGGGGGGCAGCCGCGUGGUGUCGGACCGAUCCCGGUACCUGGCCGAAGUGCGGCUGGCGGGCCCCGCCGACCCGGACGCGGACCCGCACUACAGGGAGAACCUCAACCGGACCUUCACCCGCAACAUGACGGACUACUUGGAGAACUCAAACGUGUCCGUCGUCGUGGACCUCCACGUCGUCAGCAUAGUGCCGGCCGCUGACGCCGCCAUGGACCUGACGUUCCGUGUGGUGUGCGGCCGCUGGGACCUGGCGCCGUUCAAGGCCGCGCUGGACCGCCUCGUGGACUCGUGCAGGGACUGCCUGGGCUCCAUGCGCCUCGCCGCGCCACCCCGCGUGCCCGACCCGGAGCCGCUGCUGCAUCUCCUGGAGCUGCGGUCCAACAUCCGGUCCGGGGUGGUGCACGAGGGCAACGACUUCAUCCUGUCCUGCGUGGCCAGGGGCGCCACGUCCAUGCAGUUCAGCUGGUACAAGGACGGCGUGCUCAUCAACGCGUCGCUGGCGCGGAGGAACAUGCUGACGCCGGUGCAGUCCAUGGGGCAGGACGCGCUGUGGUCCGCGCUGCUGGUGGUGGAGAGCACGUCCUGGCACGACGCGGGCCGCUUCACGUGCCGCGUGGUGGACGCGGGCUCGGAGCAGUGCCGCUCCGUGGACGUGCGCGUUCGGUCGCCGCCGCGCCUCGCCGUGCGCCCCCUCGUGCACACCAUCCGGGCGGGCACGGCGCCCAACGUCACCACCUGCUGCUACACGGGCGCCGACAAGGUGGGCGUCACCUGGACCCGCGACCGCGCGCUGCUCGAGGUCAAGCCCGGCAAGGAGGUGGAGGAGGACCUGGAGUACCCGCCGGGGUCGCUGCUGCGGCUGUACAACGUCAAGGUCGGCGACGUGGAUGGCGGCGUGGACCACCACGGCCAGGAAGCGCUCGGCCGCAGCGAGCACGGCCAGGCCGCGCACUGGGACGAGCCGGACUUCUCCGAGUGCGUGCAGGAGGAGUUCGCUUUCAUCAGGGAUAACUUCGUCCGGCUGACGCUGGGCUACGCCAACACGACAGCCCUGCAGACCCUGAAGGAAGUGCGGCAGUGGCUGGAGGCCCGCCUGGCGGCGGACACGGCCGAGGACGGCGACGACGACGACCUGGACGGCGAGACGUACGACGGGCUGCGUCCGCGCGAGGGCCAGCCCGUGCUGGACCUGGUGGUGGACGUGGCCGCGUACCAGCGCAAGGUGCUGGGCGCGCGCAAGGUGCUGCAGCUGCGGGAGGAGCUGUUCCGGAUCGUGGACGCCCUGCUGCUGCACCGGCACGCGGUGCGGGACAACGCGGCCAUCGAGGAGGUGCAGGGCCUGGUGCGCGAGCAGGCGUUGCUGUGGGCGUCGUCGCUGCCCUCGCCCUUGUCCUCCGCCUCGUCGUCGUCGUCCUCGGCCCGCAGCGCCUCGGCCGCCCUGCUGCCCGCCGCCACCUACACGCAGAUGGAGGUGCACGUGGUGGGCGCCAACGACCUGGACGAGGCGACGCGCGCCAAGGGCCAGGGCGUGCCCCUGCCCGAGUGGGUCGGCGGCUCCCUCAAGCUGCACGUGUCCAAGGCCCUGCUUUCCAACCGGUCCCUGGUGGCGGCCGUGGUCGCCUUCAAGUCCCUCCACAAGCUGCUGCCCGAGCGCAGCAUCGCCGAGCUGCCGGACAACAGCGAGCUGGAGUACGAGCUGGCCUCGUCCCUGGUGUCCGUGUCCCUCGGCUCGGAGGCCGGUGACCUGGUGAAGGACGUGGCGGAGGACGGCGUGGACUUCGGCGCCGACGUCGUGCUGCUGGUGACGGUGCCCGCCGGGCCGGCGUACUCGUGGCCGCGGUGGGGGGUGAGCUGCGGCGUGGCGGACAUCGCCCGCGGCAUGCCCACGACGCGCGGCCCGCUGCCCUGGAACACGACGGCCUGCGCCACGCUGCCCGUCGACUGGGACCCCCUCGGCAGCCUCGGCAGCCCCCACGAUCUGCGCUCCGGCACCUUCAGCCUGCGCUGCAACUGCACGGCGCCGGGGACCAUCGCCGUGCUGCUCACGUCCAACACGUCGGAGAGCGCCGUGCCGCUGGGCCCGCGGCCGCCCGCCGCGCUGCUGUCGGGGCUGGCCCUGUGCGCGCUGCAGGCCGGCGCCGCCUUCCUCGUGCUGCUGCCGCGCUGGCUGAGCCGCCCCUCCUGCAUGCAGUACCUCAAGCUCCAGAGCGCCGCCGCGUCGUCCGCGUCGGCCGGAGUGUUCCUCACCGGCCUCACCGUCAGCAGCUCCGCGGGCCCGGGGCUGGUGGCGGCCCUGCACUCGUGCCUGCUGACGGCCUUGACGGCGCACCUGGCCCAGCUGCUGCUGCUCUACACGGAGGUGGUGGGCGUGCGGCCUCUGCCUCACCUGCGACAGAGCCUCCUCGCCGUGGCCGUGGGCGCGCCGCUGGGCGCCGUGCUGUGCGGCCAGGUGGCGGCGCGCUCCGUGCCCGCGCCCUCGCGCCUCCACCACGGCCACCCCUGGGCCCCCUGGGCGCCCUGGGGCACGCGCCUGUGCACCGUGCUCGUGGCCACGGCGGCCAUCAUCCUGGUGGCCUUCGGGAUGCUGCUCUGCGUCGUGGUGGUCCGCAUAGCGCGCGACGCCCGCGGCAAGGAAGAGGACGGCCAGAGGAAGGACAGGUGGGGCAUGCUGAGAAGGUCGUGCGCUAUCGUGCUGUGCCAGGUGGCCGUCGUGGCGCUCAGCAUCGCCUUUGUCAGUGUCAAGUCCUCCGCCGUCUGCUACGUGUUCAGCGCCUCAGCAGCGACGCUGGGGGCGGUCACGCUGCUGUGCUACGUCGUGCGCCCCGAGGGCCCCAGCCGCCCCAGCCCCUCCGCGGGGCUCCGCGACGCUGGCGCCCUGGCCGACAAGCUGCGCGGGGACGGCGGCGCCGCCACGACCAUCCGGACGGCCCCGGACCCCGCCGGGGACGCCAGCCAGACCGAGCCACUCACCUCCCGCGGCGGCGCUGACGCUCUCCGCUCGCCGUGGCGGCCCCUGCGCGCCGCCCUGGCCAAGCUGUGCUGGCUGUGCUGCAACGUGCGGUCCUACCAACUGGUGCCCCCACCCUGCGGACCCGACACCCCUACCCCGGCGAGGCUAGGCGCCGACCAGACCCCGUGCCCCUUCAUCGUCUUCACCAAGCAGGACGCGGAGCUGGAGAGCGAGGCCGCCGCGGACGCGGAGACGCAUUCCCGGCAGCACGCGGCCGUCGGCGCCGCCAACGGCAAGCCGGCCGCCGUGCCCAUGUGCACGUGCCACACGUACUGCACGUGCCCCUGCGUGUGCCACUCGGUGCGCUACGUGCCCAUGUGCCCCACGCCCGUGUCUUCGGUGACGUCGGUGCCGUCGGUGCCGCCGGUCGGCUCCGUGUUGGGCGUCGGCAGGGAGGCCUCGCUGCUCGGCGCGUCCGACGCCGAGCUCCCACUGCAGGACAUGAGCCUGCGCUCCCCCAACAAGUACCUGUACAUGCGGUGCCGGCCGUGCCGCGCCGAGGAGAGCGACGAGUACGUGCACCAGGACGCCCUGGAAGCCGUGGACGUGGCCGCGGUGGACGCGAUGGCCGUCACUAGGUCGCCGCGCCGAUCGUCUGGGCCGGACGCCACGCCGCGCAAGUACGCGCGCACGCUGUACCGCAACGACUGGGCCGCGCUAGGCUCGCUGGGCGGGCCAGCGAGCUGCAGCACCAUGCAGGACCACACCGUGCCCCUGCGGCCGGAGCCGGUGCCUUGCUACAUCCGCGGCGAGCCUGGGGUCCCCGUUGUCGUGUCCCCGACCAGGACCGCGCCUCCGCCGCCACCGCCGCCGCCAGCGCUGACGACGCCGUCGCGAGUGUGCCCCCGCCCCCGCGUCCAGAUCGUCACCUGCAAGGCGGACGUGGAGCCGGCGCCGCGGCCCUCGCCGCACCCCGCGCCGCACCCCCCUCCAGCGACGUCGGCCGCGUCGGCCGAGGACGCCCUCGACGAGGACGUCCUGAACCGCAUCUCGCACGACCUCGACUACCUCCUGAGCGGCGACAUCGGCAGCGCUCCCGCCGUCCCCACGGUCCCCUCGGCGUCGGCGCCCUCCGCCGGGGAAGGCAACGGCCCCGCGGCCACGUAACGCGUCAUCGCGUUCCGCUGUCACGUCGUCGUCUUCACGUUACCGCAGCUGCCAUGGCUGCUCCCCGCUCCAUCCAUAUCAUAUAUGGGCUCCAAAGAGUAUUAUGAGCAUCAGCAGUGGUCAGGUUGCGGGCCACGGGUGCUCCAAGUCUUUCUUUAGGUUAAUUUAAUGGAAAUUCGAAAUGAUUUAGUUAUGUAAAUAUUUAUUGAGACUGUGCGUACCUCUUGGUAUUAUUCCUUUCAUUUAAAAGACUUGUUUGUUAUAUUGAGUGUGAUCUGGAUUUUAUUAUUAUUAAUUAAUUAAUUUUAUGCACUUUUAUGCCAUGGGGUAUUUGAACAGCGUGCAGUGUUAGUAAAACAAUGAAUACUGGUGCAAUGAAAUCUGUGUAUCAUAAUUAAUACCAAAGCUCCAAAUAAAAAUAAGACUGACGAUAAUUGAA